AUCUUGGCUAUAAAAGUGCAUCCACACUGAUUUGAUCUUCAUUUGAAGGCCGCACCACCAUAUGCUUUGAACUCCAAAAGAGCCACCAAACAUGUCCUCAGGAAAUGUCACAGUCAUGGCAAUAACAGAAUUUGUCAUCGGUGGAUUUGACACGGUUAGCAACCCAGUGACCAUUGGGAUAGUGAUGAUGGUCAUUUACGCCCUGGUCAUGGUCGCCAACAUGGCCAACAUCUGCUUCAUCGCGCUGGACAAGCGUCUGCACAAGCCGAUGUACCUGCUGGUCUGCAACCUGGCCGUCGUGGACAUGGUGUACAGCAGCAGCUGCAGCCCCACCAUGAUCGGGGUGCUGAUCGCGGGCGUGAAGACCAUCGCCUACGUCCCCUGCUUCCUUCAGAUGUUCGCCUUCCACCUGGGCGGGGUCAUGGAGAUGUUCGCCAUCGCCGGGAUGGCUUUCGACCGCCUGGUCGCCGUAUCCAGUCCCCUGCGGUACCACAGUAUUCUGACGAACGUGCGCACGCUCCUGCUGAUGUUCUCCCUCUGGGUGGUGGCCUGCGCCUUCGUGGCCGUCUUGCCCGGGACCGUGAUACCGCUCCCGUACUGCAAGACGACGUUGCCGUACGCCUUCUGUGACUACGCGGCCCUAGUCAGGGCCACCUGCGUCGACCCAAAUUACUACUUCUUCCUGGUCACGGUCAUAACGUUCCUUCUGCUGUUUUCCACGUUCAGCUUCAUUUUCUUGUCUUACCUGAAGAUUGUGUUCGCCAUCUUUAAAAUGUCCUCCAAGACCGACAGGAAAAAGAUGUACAGCACGUGCUUUAGUCACUUGAUCGUGGUCGUGUGCUAUUAUGUUCCGAUGUUCGUACGCAUAGUUCUGACCAGGCUGGGAGUGCAACUGACAAAAGAGGAACGACACGGGUUACUGAUAGGGGCCAUUCUAGGCCCCUCUCUUAUCAAUCCCAUUGUGUAUUGUUUUCGAACCAAGGAAAUUAAAAACAAAAUCUUAAAAAUAUUUACAAAAGUUGAACCCGUUGAUUAAACAGCAGGGCAGACAUUUGGCUUUACUGUGUGUCUUUAUUAUUUACAUAAACAUCAAGUAAAAGCAUGACUAUAACUUUGGCCUGUCUGGUAAUUUAUUAGGCCCCUGUGCUUUCUGUAAACUCUCACUAAUGAUGUCGCUGUUUUCUGUUUGCACCUUGGUUUUUGAGUUUACAUGUGUAUUUGUUUUUAUUUGUAGAGAAAGCCACACCUUCAUUGUGCUGAAAAUAAAAAAGGAUCAACA